AUGAAGAUUUUAUCUUGGAACUGCCGUGGUCUCGGGAAUACCACGACAGUUCGACAUUUGGCAGCCCUCGUUCGCCACCACAAUCCCGAGAUAGUGUUGAUUUCAGAAACUCAUCUAACUGAAGAUAGAUUUGUAAGAACUUGUUCCAAACUUAAAUUUGCUAAUUUCCAUUAUGUUCCCCCUUUGGGAUACUCGGGUGGGUUUGGAAUUUGUUGGUUGCAGGGAGUCGACUGCACCAUCCGUGACUCUAAUAAGAAUAACAUCUCCUGUGUCAUCUCCUCCGACCCUCCUGGGAACCCGUGGCACUUACUAGGCAUGUAUGGCCCCCCUCAUAAUUCUGAUAAAGAAGCCUUUUGGCUCAAAGUUGGAGACUUCACGCUCAAUUGCCAGGACCCUCUUCUUAUGAUUGGCGAUAUGAAUGGUACGUUAAAAGACUCUGAAUGUUUCAACUAUGCCAAUCAAGGUAACUCUUCCCGUUACGCUUUUGAUUUUUGUCAGAUGGUUAAUCGGGUGGGGUUAGUUGACUUGGGAUUCCAAGGGCCUGGUUAUACAUGGUCUAAAGGUAGAAACAGAUCGUCCCAAGGUGGGGGUGUUAAGAGGGCUAGAUUGGAUCGUGGGCUUGCUUCCAUUGAGUGGCGUAUCCUGUUUCCUAAUUCUAUUGUUCAUCAUCUGGCUGCUUCGGGUUCGGAUCACCGCCCCAUUCUCCUUGACACCUCGGGGGGAGUGAAUGGCAGAGGGCGUUCGUUUAAAUAUGAGAAUAUGUGGGCUCGAGAUCCUCGUUGUUUUUGGGUUGUUAAAGAAGCUUGGUCAAAAUGUCUCCAUGCCAAUUAG